AUGUCUGAUAAGUUCUUUUUAAACAUGGUAAACAAGGGCUCUUCAGUAGAGUUUGGGAGAAGAUUUCCCCUUGAGAAUCUCAUUGUCCUGGAGACCCACACAGAACAUCCACCGUUUCAUACCAGGGUCAGCUCCUGUUGUAGCUCUGUCUGCUCUGACAAGGGCUUUGGCCAUGGCCUCUACCAGGAGACCUGCUGCUGACCCAGCUGCUAUGUGUCCAGCUGCUGCCACCUUUCCUGCUAUGACUCUAGCUGCUUCCACUCAGCAGGCUGUCAGACUCCCUGGGGCCCCCUGGGGCCAUAUGACCUGCUGUUGCCCUGUUUGCUGUGGAUCCUCUUAUUGUUGACUUUGCUCCUCACCACCAGCCCCGAGUUGAGCACCAUCAUGCCAAUGUACUCGUCUUAUUCUCAUUUCUUUUGUCCACAGCAUCUGGCCAUGUUAUUCAAGGAAUACACUCUUCUGGAAACCCAACCAGAGCCUCUGCCCUCUGACACCAUGGUCAACUCCUGUUGUGGCUCCAGCUGCUCUGACCAGAGCUGUGGCCACGGCCUCUGCCAGGAGACUUGUUGCUGCCCCAGCUGCUGUCAGGCCACACACUGCAGGACCACCUACUGUUGCCUCAGCUGCUGUGUGUCCAGCUGUUGCCACCCCUCUUGCUGCCAGACCACCUGCACCUGCUGCCGCCCCAGCUGCUAUGGCAGUUCUUGCUGCUGAACAUCCUGCUCUGGACUGGAACCUCCUUGCCCCCAUCCUUCAGUCCAGGAAGAAAGCAUCUAAUUUAACAAAACACAUGGCACUUCCUGAUGUCAUGAACUUACAAACAGACCUGUGGACUGAUCUGGAAACCUCUGGUCUCUAUGUCACUUAUUCUCUUAUGUAGAAAUACCUUAUGCCAAAUGAAUCAGAAUUUAUGGUCAGAUUAUGCAGCUGAUUUUUCAGAAUUUCUAAUUCUGAUUCUAAAUAUAAAAGUCUUUAAAUGUUCCUCUUCUAGGUUUUUUUUCUUUCCGAUGUUUCUCAAUGGAAUCUAUGUUCAUGUGGAAUUUCUUGAGGCUCCCAAAUAAAACUUUUUAGUAUUGGAAGGCACUGAUA